AUGGGUUUAAUAGGGACGAAGUCUGAUUUCUUCAUAUUCAUCACUCCUUUAAGAGUCUCACAAACUUCGGGUUGUAUUAUGUAUAAUACUGAUACAGAUACAAUAAAGGAUAUUGCAUAUAGCCCGUCAAACGUAAAGCUAUUUGAUGAGCUGUUCACACCGCCAACGAUGGAUGACUCAGAUACGAUAAGCUUAGCAUUUUUGAUAAGUCUCUCCGUUACAUUUGCGGUACUUAUGGUAGUACUAAUUGUGGUAGCUAUAUACGUUACUUUCUGCGGUGCAGAUGAAAGUGAAUAUGAUGAAGAAGCUGGUCUUGGGCGCAACACCGGAGGAGGGAUUCAUGGUUUCUUCCAGAAGAAGAAAGGAGGUAUCCUUUUAGAUUCCAGUUUCGCAUCGCCGGGUCAGUUUGAUGAUGACGCCAUAUUUCAGGAGCAGGAAGCUGCACAGGUUUCUAAGAUGUCUGCCUUUGAGCUUGAUCUUUACUAUCGUGCCAAAGAGUUUCAAAGAAUCAACCCGCCUAAUGUCAAAGAAUUUGGAACAUUUUUGAAUGAGAGUGAUAUCCAAUUUAUUAAAGAUCGGGGUAUUCAAAGCUACUUUCUUUUACCUAGCAUAAACGACAAUACUGAUCAAGACGGGAAUUUUUUACCUAGCUUCUUGAUUCAGGAUAAACUUGAUAUUAGUUUUACGAAAUACAAUAAAAGCUCAUCAACUAUCAUGAACUAUCCAUUGCCUUUCAAUAAAAAAGAUGCAGUUUACUUCGAAGUCAAGGUAUUCAAGCAUUCAGGCAGUUCUAAUGCUGUCUUCAGUAUUGGAUUAAUGACGUUUCCCUAUCCAUAUUUCAGGAUACCGGGAAUGUCACUUUAUUCCAUCGCUUAUGAAUCUACAGGAAAACUACGCAUAAAUAAUCCUUUUAUGGCAAGUACAUUACUUCCAAAAUUACAAGAGGGCGAUGUUGUGGGGUUUGGUUAUAGGUUUAGAACAGGAACGGUAUUCAUCACACACAAUGGUAAGAAACUGAUGGAUGUUACGCAAAAUGUGGGAAUUGAUCUCUUCAUUGGUAUUGGAUCAUUAAAUGCUGCAUAUACAAGAACUUACACCAAAGACGGCCUACUCGAGGAUCCUGAUAAUGUUGAACUUCGCGAAUUGUUAUCCGAAGGCAGAGAUAUUGAUUUGCCGGGAGAUUUGCAGACUGUUCAUGAUCCAACCUCUUCUUAUGAAAUUGAAUCUGAUGAGGUUGAGUUGCAUGUUAAUUUGGGCCAAGUGGGAUUUGUUUUUAUAGAAGCCAACGUGAAAAAAUAUGCUUUCGGUAGCCUCUACGGCGAAAUUGGAAUUCCCCCAUCUUACAAUGGUACUGAGAUCACGAAGGAUACCAUUUUACAGAAGGGAGAAGAUAUACCACCAAAAUAUCAUGACGAAGCUCAAAGCGACACAUUUUUUGGUAAUAUCACAAUUAAUAAUGGCAGUAAUCUUUCGGCUGUUGCCUCCGGCUCUCGCCUGUCAUCAGCAACAAAGAACCAAGGAUUGCCAUCCAUUUCGGAAGAAACUGAAGAAGACAACGAAAGGUAUGAAAGGUUUUCGUCAGCCUACGAUAGGGAACAUAACUUUAGCAAUGAUGAUUUACCGAAUAACAGUAGCACGGCUAACGAUGAAAAUGGGCAAGAUAUGCAAGAGAAUCAGUUGAAUGCUGACACAGGUAGCAAAAGGAGUAAAAAAAAGAAGAAAAGAAAGAAAAGAUCUAAGAAAUAG